AUGAGUGCAUCAACGUUGCCUCAAGAAAUUCUCAUGGAGAUCCUCUCCAAGCUUCCUGCUAAAACCCUAGUACGAUUUAGGUGCGUUUCUAAAUUCUUUUGCGCUCUCAUAGUUGACCAUGGCUUUGGCGUUGUGCAUCGCAGCUUGUCCUUGACGCUUCCCAGUAGGGCGGGCUUUCUCAUCUCUAUCGAGCUUCGAACACCGCCCUUCGCCCCUCUCCGUCGUGUAUAUUACACCCUAAAUUUCAGCCCCCACCGCCGGGGAACGGUCCAAGCCAACCGUGUCGGCUACUUGGACGCUGCCCCCUUUCUAAUCUCCUCUUCCUCUGACGGCCUGAUUUGUGUGUCCAAACCCAAGGGAGACGUCGCCGUUUGCAACGUUAGUACGGGACAACGUAUUUUCCUUCCAAGAAUCCAAUACAAGGACUAUGCACCAUAUUUGGGGUACGAUUCCCAAUCUAAAAGAUACAAGGUUUUGAUGGCAACCAAGAUGAUUGAUCCAGAGAGUAACAACUACUUGUAUAACAACUACAAGUAUAAGCUUUGGGUUUUUACUGUGGGAGUGGAUAGAUCAUGGAGGGAGAUCAACAACUGCGGUUCCUACAUCUUCCAUCCCUCCUUUUACAAUUCAAAUACUUGUGUUUACAUUGACGGUGUUAUCUAUUCCCAUAAUUCGUUGAAUAAACAUAGCAUGUUUCAUAAAUUCCAUAUAGAAACAUUUGAAGUUGGGUGUGAGAGUUUUUCUGCGAUAACCCUUCCAGAUGAAAUUUCAGAGAAAUAUUUAGAUUUUGAAAACUCUGCAUUGCUAGAAGUUGGAGGUCGUGUGGCUAUGGUUUUUGUUCAUCUUCAUCCUAUAUUAGGAGGAGGAGAAGGCGUAUGCUACAUGGACGUUUGGACUUGGGAGAAAUCUGAAAAAUGUUGGGAGAAAAAUACCAUCACUACCAUUCCAUUAGAAUGGAGUAGAAUAAUUUACUACGCUAAAUGUCUGCGCUUUGCUUCAAAUCAUGAUGGGGAGAUUGUGUUGUUAUGUAUAUAUGUUAAGCAAUUAUUUAUUUUUGUUUGUAACUUGAAAAGUGAGGUUUGGAAAAAAUUUGAUGUAAGUGGAGUUGAUGACUUUCCAAUUUUUAGCUAUUGGGAAGUUACCCUGAACAACAUUGUGGACCAUGUGUUUCCCUUGGAGUAA